AUGGCUUUCAUACAGCAGCACAGACCGCAGCCCGGAAGGCAGCUAUCCUACCAAGCACCAGAACCCGCGACCGAACCCGCAACUACCUCAUUACAAGCCAACAGACCUCUUGAUCAAUCAGAGGAAUGGGUCCUGUUCUCGCCGACCGCGCCUUCUGCUACCACUCGCACCCACACCACUUCGACCGACCGAACUCCACGGACAGCUGGUCUGUCACGCUUCAGCGAGUUUGGCUCGCUCGAGACUGCUGCGCGGUCCGAACAAGAUGAUGGUGCUGGCUCAUUUCUUGGGACGGAAGAAGAGCUGGAUAGCCUAGAUGAUGGCCUACACGCGUUCCAUGAGCCAUCGGAAUAUGGUGCGCCAGUAGGCAGGAUGCAAGAGAGCGGUGAUACUGUGCUACCAACCCAUGACGGACUGGGCGAGUUCAAGCCGAAUGCGACUAUGCAGGAACACAUGUGGCAGUUCGAGCGACAGAAGCGACGAGCACCCAGGCGGCGAUCCAGCGUGCAGCGGCACCUGUCAGUCCUCGACGAUCAUGAGGAUACGAACACGGAACACGAGAAGCGACAGCGCAUUGAAAGGUGGAGGCUUGAGCAAAGUAAAGCAUUACUGGAAGAGAUUGAAAAAGAGACAAGGCGGAGGCGGCGAAUGAGCAUGGUUAGUACGGGAGCGAGUCGGGUUGAUGCGCAAAAGGAGGUAGGCACAAAACCGCCUACUGCACAGUCUGUAUCGGACGUACAGAGCGAGUCUUCGGAGGAAGGCACGGAGAAUCUAUCAUUGUGGCAGCGGAUAACGCGACGGGUGAUCAGGGAUCUGAUCGGCCUGGACGAAGACACACUCUCAGUCAUCUUCGGAGAGUCUUUACCCGAUGAGGUCGCCACGCCUACGCCUGGAACGCCUGCCGAGUUCUCAGCAGACAAAGCUCUGCAAGACGCAGGUAUCGACGCGUCCAGGUUUUCAGAUGAUACCUGGCAGACGAAGCUGCUUGAGAGGGUAGCUCAGGAGUUGGGAACGUUGGUCAACCAGCUUUCUGAGCACCCAGGAGCUUUCUCUACGUACCAACGAACACAGUCAGUGCCAGACUACGCAGGUCUUACACCAGUAUUAUCAAACACGACAGUCGCAUCUGAACCCCUAUCUUCGAAAACCGCAAGCUCACAACCUACCACAUCCCCCGCCUCAGCUCAAUUCGCACCCACCUUUCCUGCGCAAACCUCACACACCUACAGCGAAGCAUCAUUAUGGGGUAUUGAAGAAGAACCUACCGAGACUGAAGCCGCAACCUCAUCCCACAUCCCUCCUGCCCCCACCACAAACAUCGCCGACGAGCUAGCGCGAGAGCGCGAGUACUGGGAACGCGACAUCGACGUCAAAAUGAUCUUCAACUUCCUCAUGAAACGCUUCUCCUCACGACGCCCCAGCAUUCCCUCGUCUUCGCAAACCAUCCCCCCACCACAACCCCUCCGCACCGCCAGCGCUCCUUCCACAACCACAAACGACAACCUCAGCUCCGCCCGCCGAGCAGCCAUCAUCCGCCAACAUCACCCUUUGGUAAACCGGACGACGACCGAUAGCAGACUCCCCACGUCGUCCGCCCCUCACUCGAGGGAGUCACGGCGCUUUGCUACAUACUACGCGCCCCCGACCGGUGGCAGCAAGACUAAACUCAGGAGUAGCUCUAGUUGCGCCAGUCAGAGUACCAAGAAGAGCAAGAGAAGUGGUGGGUCAUCGAGAAAUUACUGGGAUCUUGGUGGUAGUGUGGGUAGCGGGAGUGUUGUUGGUGGCUGA